CCGAGGAGGGCCUAGAGCGGGCUCUGCCUCAAGGAAGUUAGCUGCAGAAACCCAGAUUGCCGCGGAAAGGAGGUGUCUCGGGUUCAAUGGCGACUGAAGAAGCUAGCGGCAGCGAUGGGAAAGGGCAGGGCGGCGAGAGCUCCGUCACCUAUUAUCGGUUGGAGGAGGUGGCAAAACGCAACUCCUCGAAGGAACUAUGGCUGGUGAUCCACGGGCGAGUGUACGAUGUCACCCGCUUCCUCAAUGAGCAUCCUGGUGGAGAAGAGGUUUUGCUAGAACAAGCUGGUACAGAUUCAACUGAAAGCUUUGAAGAUGUAGGCCAUUCCUCUGAUGCCAGAGAAAUGCUAAAGCAGUACUACAUCGGUGACGUCCAUCCGAGUGACCUUAAACCUGAAGGUGGUAACAAGGAUCCUUCGAAAAAUGAUACAUGCAAAAGUUGCUGGGCAUAUUGGAUUUUCCCCAUCAUGGGCGCUGUUCUCGUAGGUUUCCUGUAUCGUUACUACGUGGCGGAAAGUAAAUCCUCCUGAGGAGACCGUGUUGAAGUGUGGGAAACACAACCACUUGGGAGUAAAAAUUGGAGACUUGCUGUGAGGGCUAUAUUGGUGUCCUCUUGCUUGAAUCCUGCUGGUUGUAUUCUUCCCCCUUGGAGCCAAGACAGUUGACCAGACAUCCACCUCCAAUCUGGGACCAGUGUCCUUCAUCUCUGAGAGCCUUACUCCCAAACUACCUGCUCACUGUCCUGUGUCUUUGCCAUGUUUCUUCUCUUAUUUCCACAGUAUCCUUACAUUUCAAACAUUUGUGUUAACGAUUGUAAUUCAUAUGUCAUAGUGACAUUAUUCUUUAGAACAAAUGCUCGCUUUCCAGUAAUUUGAAUGCACAUUAUACAUUCUUACCAAGGCAGCACUCUAAUUUUGAAGGUUUUCUUUUCCCAUAUUUCUUUCAAGUAAAUAUUUUUUAAAAUUCUGAUAAUUCUAUUAUCACAAGAAGUUUAUUCAUGAAGUUAGGUACACAUCUGUUAAAACACACUGCCAAAUGAUCUUGUUCCCUUUUAUAUUUGUUAAAAGCAGAAAGAACUAUGUGGUUAUCUCCCUUGCAGGCUAAUAUAAGCUGAUAGCUCCUCCCACUCCCAGCCCCUUUUCAUUCCAAGGGAUGCUGAACAAAGAUGUGCCUCCCUUUGGUUUCUUGUGGGUGAGAAAAGCCAAAGGAAGGGAGGGAUGAAUUGAGGUGACAGAACCCUGGCAAGUUCAGAGUAAUCUUUUGAAAACACUACUUUAAGAUGGGAGUUUAGAAAUGACACCAAAUCUUCUCUUUGAUUUGGCACUAAUUUCUAACCGUCUUUUUCUACCUUUAUUUUAUUGGUAAAAUAUAAGUGUAUAAUUAUGUCUGUAGAGCCUACCAGGGAUUCUUGCUGCUGUUUUGUUUAUCAAUUAGCAAUUUUUGGUUCCCAGUUUUACACAAGUAAGAGAUUUCAGUUUGGUCUUUUGUUCAUCCGAGUAAAAUAACUUCCAUAUAAAAUGUCAUUUGAAAGUGGGAGAUCAUGACAAAAAGCAGUUUUCCAUUUCAUCUGUAUUUUACCUCCAUGGCUCCAACUUGUGGUUUUGUGCUUUCCAUUAAGAUUAAAGAAUUGGCAUUUUUUUCCCCUUCCUUGGAUGUGUGUUUCAUUGAAAAGUAGGUUAUUAUUUAGAAUUAUUUACUAUUUCUUAUUGGGCCAGGUAUUCCUCUGGCAUUUUUUACUCCUCUUUUCCCCUACUGCCCUCACCACAAGGAAGCACCUAAAUAGAUAGUUUACUGGCUGUUUUGUGUCAGUAGCUAUGGUGAUUUUUCUCUCUAUUCUUUGAGGAUUAUUAGUUUGCUUCUGGGCCAUUGUCAUUUCCAGCAAGGAGCAGCUGGUUCAGAAGGACUAUAGAUGCUGCUCAGAAUCUUCUCCCUCCCUUCCAGUUUGCCUAGUACUUGAGGAGACAGGAAACUGACCAGUAAACCAAGUCUGCUCAUUACAAACUAUUUAAGAAAAAGUUCAACCCAGAUUUUAUAUCCUGUGACUUAGAAGUUGAAUGAAUUCAGAAUUCAUCAAAAUAAUAUUAAUCUUUUUCUUGCAUACUUGGAUAUGAUAUUUUGGAGUUAUUUCUGGCUGACUUUUUUUAUAUAUCUGACAUGGAUAUAAUAAAACUUUUAUCUUUAGAAAAUAUUUGUAUUAUAAGAUGCUACUUUAAGAAAAUGCAUUAAAUAGUUGGCUAUUAUGUAACAAGUAGUAUGACUUGAUACACCUCCAUUUAAAGACAAGAAAGGGUUGUCUUAAAUAAGGAUUGGUAUGUAAUUGCUAUAAUAGUUAAGUUGCAUGAUUACUUGGAGUGGAUUGGGAUAGAGGUAAAGAACAAAGGAGUAUUGAGGACUUGGAAAUGGAAUGCUCAAAGCUAAUGCUAAGCUAGAAGAUAACUUGGAUCAAUUGUAAAGUAUUUUGGCAGUAUCUAAAA